GGGAGGAGCAGCGGCAGGAGCAGCAGCGGGGGGAGCGGUGCUGUCGCCGCCGUGGCCCCCGGAGGGGCAGCUAUUGACUCCCCCCCCAGCCGGCUGCCGCCCCCCGCCACGGGUGCGAUGGCCGUGGGCGGCUGAAGGAGCCCCAGCGCCCUCCCCCGGACGAGUUAAUGGUAAAGUAAUGGAUUCCAAAGAAUUGCUUAACCCGUCGGAUCAAGACGAAACAAGGAAAAAUGCUCUCAUCAGUACCAAAGGAGGGAUCGUGAUGGACUUUCAUCCACCCUUCAGGGGUGGAGCUACUGUCCAAGCCCCUGUGUCUACAUCUCCUCUCCCUGCGUCUUCUCAGUCAGAUUCCAGUCAGCAACCUGCUUUGCCUGACUUUUCGAAAGGAUUAGGAAACAAUGUGCCUCAGCCAGACCUUUCCAAGGCAGUGUCGCUCUCAAUGGGACUGUACAUGGGUGAAACAGACACAAAAGUGAUGGGAAACGACCUUGGAUUUUCGCACCAGGGCCAAAUUGGCAUCUCUUCUGGAGAAACGGACUUCAGGCUCUUGGAGGAAAGUAUUGCAAGCUUGAACAAGUCCUCGAGCCUGGCCGAGGACGCGAAGGGAUCCGCGUCUUCUGAAGUGCCGCUCGAGCCGGAUUUCCCGGGCAUGGCCGGCCGCAACGUCCCUUUAGAGUCGGGAACUGCAGUCCAAAGCCAGGUUGGCUCAAAUGGUGGCAACUUGAAGUUGUUCUCUGAAGACCAAAGCACCCUGGAUAUUCUCCAGGAUUUAGAAUUGCCGCCAGUAUCGCCUGGCAAGGAGACCAACGGGAGCCCGUGGCGGCUGGACCCGUUGCUCGAUGAUGGUGGUUUGCUGUCCCCCAUAUCUGCAGAUGAUGCCUUUCUCCUGGAAGGAAAUCUCGGCGAAGACUGCAAGCCUCCCAUUUUAUCUGACACUAAACCUAAAAUUAAUGACCAUGGUGACCUUUUACCCAGUUCCAAAAUGCCAAUGCCUCAAGUGAAAACAGAAAAGGAAGACUUCAUUGAACUCUGUACUCCUGGCAUCAAGCAGGAAAACAUGGGCCCACUUUACUGCCAGGCCAACUUCUCCGGGUCAAACCUGCUGGGUACGAAAGUCUCGGCCAUCUCCAUCCACGGUGUCAGCACCUCUGGGGGACAGAUGUACCACUAUGAUUUAAAUACUGCAUCGCUCUCUCAGCAGCAGGAUCAAAAACCAAUUUUUAAUAUCAUUCCAUCUCUUCCUGCCGGGUCAGAAAAUUGGAAUAGGUGCCAGGGAUCGGGGGACGAGGCGUUGGCUCCUCUGGGAACGCUCAACCUUUCUGGCAGACCUGCUUUCUCUAAUGGCUAUUCAAGCCCUGGAAUGAGAUCAGAUGUAAGCUCCUCUCCAUCCACAACCUCAGCAACUACGGGACCACCUCCCAAGCUCUGUCUGGUGUGCUCCGACGAGGCCUCCGGGUGCCAUUACGGUGUUCUGACGUGUGGCAGCUGCAAAGUGUUCUUCAAAAGGGCGGUGGAAGGGCAGCACAACUACCUGUGUGCUGGGAGGAACGACUGCAUUAUUGACAAAAUCCGGAGGAAAAACUGCCCGGCGUGUCGCUACCGGAAAUGUCUGCAGGCUGGCAUGAACCUUGAAGCUCGCAAAACAAAGAAGAAGAUCAAAGGACUGCAGCAGGGAAGUGCCACGGGAACACGGGAUGCUCCCGAGGCAUCCGGGAACAAGAGCAUCGUCCCCGCGUCGCUGCCGCAGCUGACGCCGACUCUGGUGUCGCUGCUGGAGGUGAUCGAGCCCGAGGUGCUGUACUCGGGAUACGACAGCACCCUGCCCGACUCCAGCUGGAGGAUCCUCUCCACCCUCAACAUGCUGGGAGGGCGGCAGGUGGUGGCUGCAGUCAAGUGGGCGAAGGCAAUCCCAGGUUUCCGAAAUUUGCACCUGGAUGACCAAAUGACCCUUCUGCAGUACUCCUGGAUGUUCCUAAUGGCUUUUGCUUUAGGCUGGAGAUCCUACAAGCAAUCCAAUGGCAAUCUCCUGUGCUUCGCACCAGAUCUGAUCAUUAACGAGCAGAGGAUGAAUCUCCCAUGUAUGUAUGAACAAUGCAAACACAUGCUUAUGGUCGCCCGAGAGCUCUCACGGCUUCAAGUCUCCUAUGAGGAGUAUCUCUGCAUGAAGACAUUGCUUCUCCUCUCUACAAUUCCCAAGGAAGGCCUGAAGAGUCAGUCUCUGUUUGAAGAAAUCCGGAUGACGUACAUCAAGGAGCUGGGCAAGGCCAUCGUGAAGAGGGAAGGGAACUCCAGCCAGAACUGGCAGCGAUUUUAUCAACUGACUAAACUGCUGGACUCUAUGCAUGAUGUGGUUGAAAAUCUUCUGAGCUUUUGCUUCCAGACAUUUUUGGAUAAAUCCAUGAGUAUUGAGUUCCCAGAAAUGUUGGCAGAAAUCAUCAGCAAUCAGAUACCAAAAUAUUCCAAUGGAAAUAUCAAGAAGCUCUUGUUUCAUCAGAAGUGACUGCCUUAACACAAAGGGUUGCCUUAAGAAACCGUCACUCGAUAGCUUUGUUUUGUAAAGAGAAAACCUACAGAACUUGUUCCUUUUGUCCUCGCAGCGGUGUUUCUUUUGUAAUUAUGCACUACAUGUGGUUUACAGAGGGCCAAGAGUUAGGCUGGAGAAGCAGCGGAUUUCUCCCAUUUGGGAAAGAAUUGGGGAGAAAGGAAAGGCAAAGAAAUCGUAAAUCGUAUUUGUUAGAAAUUUUCUCUCUCCCCUCGUGCACCAUCCCCGGAUGCAUCAAACCACCAGUGACAAGCUCUGAGGCUGUUACGAACAUUCUGCUAAUUAAUUAAUUGCUGCAGUUGGCUGGAGACAAUUUUUUAGGCGUUUUGUUUUUUUAUUUUAGUAAAGUGUUUUGGAUUUUUUUUUUUAAAGUUAAGGUAGCAUUUUGGUUUAUGCAUGUAACCUGAAGAAAGUUUACAAGUGUAUAU